AUGCUGUGUAAGCGACAGGAGCUGAUGAAGUUGUGUGCUUGUUCCCCAGAGAACACUGUGGCUCUGUGUCCGUACACUGUGGUUCAGCCUAUUUCUGUUCGGCGCCCCCGCCCUGUGCUCCUGCUGCCCCCCAUGUUGGCCGGAGCCCUGACACAGAGGCUGCCAUCCCCAUUCCAUCCUCUCAGCCCAGAAGUUGUCAGCGACGAUGAAUCAAAGAGGAAAAGCGGAUUCUGUUUGCGGAAAAUCCCAGGUCAGGACAAGAGUGAAUACAUCUCAUUCAGGGCCAUUGAGGAGAUGGCUGCCAAGAACAAGCACUGCGUGCUGGACAUGGAGCUGCUCUCAGCCUCUGCGCUGGUUACUGAGGGCAUUUACCCCAUCGUUCUCCACAUCAAAGUCACCGAGGCAAACAUCAGUCAGUGCAGGAACCUGGCACCGGUGUGUGAGGCCAGUGACCACGAGUUGUUGCAGUGUGACCGGCGUGUGGAGGAGAGCCUGCGGACGCUGCCCUACGCACACCGCACCGUGGAGCCCGGCACCUGGACGUGCCCCCAGCAGCUGGUGGAUGUGGUGACGCACGGCAUCUCCCAGGAGCAGAGCAAGAUAUUGUGGAUGGAGCAGAGCUGGGAUCAGGGCUUGUUACUGAGCGGACACCAGCACAGAGAGCAGCCUGUGUCACACAGGGCCUGAGCUCCUCUGUUCAGCACAAAGCGGUGACACUGAGGCAGAUACUGCAAUACAAAUACAGGGACGGACUGAUACGGGGACGGACUGAUACGGGACAGACUGAUACGGGACAGACUGAUGCGGGACAGACUGAUACGGGACGGACUGAUACAGGACAGACUGAUACAGGACAGACUGAUACGGGACAGACUGAUACGGGACAGACUGAUACGGGGACGGACUGAUACGGGACGGACUGAUACGGAACAGACUGAUGCGGGACAGACUGAUACGGGACAGACUGAUACGGAACAGACUGAUACGGGACAGACUGAUACGGGACAGACUGAUACGGGACGGACUGAUGCGGGACAGACUGAUGCGGGACAGACUGAUACGGGACAGACUGAUACGGGACGGACUGAUACGGGACAGACUGAUGCGGGACAGACUGAUGCGGGACAGACUGAUGCGGGACAGACUGAUGCGGGACAGACUGAUGCGGGACGGACUGAUACGGGGACGGACUGAUACGGGACGGACUGAUACGGGACGGACUGAUACGGGACGGACUGAUACGGGACGGACUGAUACGGGACGGACUGAUACGGGACAGACUGAUGCGGGUCAGACUGAUGCGGGACAGACUGAUGCGGGUCAGACUGAUGCGGGACAGACUGAUGCGGGACGGACUGAUACGGGGACGGACUGAUACGGGACGGACUGAUACGGGACGGACUGAUACGGGACGGACUGAUACGGGACGGACUGAUACGGGACAGACUGAUGCGGGUCAGACUGAUGCGGGACAGACUGAUGCGGGACAGACUGAUGCGGGACAGACUGAUGCGGGUCAGACUGAUGCGGGACAGACUGAUGCGGGACAGACUGAUGCGGGACAGACUGAUGCGGGUCAGACUGAUACGGGGACGGACUGAUACGGGGAUGGGCUGAAUCUGCUGUGUUUUGCAAUGAAUAUACAGUCACUACUUCUGACAGCGAUGUAUCCUCUCCUCGCUGUGCAGUAUAUGAGUAUAUGUCAGUAUCACUCCCCCCC